CCGCGGUAUUUGAUUCACCAAAUACAUCAUUAUUGUAUACUCUUUCAUAUAUAUAGCGCAACCCAACCCCUGUUUUUCAAGUUUCUAAUCCUUAACUUAAACUUUUUUGAAUUGAAAUAUCGAAAUAAUAAGAAAAUUCCUCUUGACAGUAAUAUAUGUUGUAUAUGUAAAUCCGAGAUGUAAAAAUCGGCAGAAUUCAUCUAUGAAAAAAGAAAAAUAAUAAUAGCUAGGUGUAAGUCAAUAUGCCGAAACAAAAAAAGAAGGACCUAUGAAAUAAUGAAUCAUAAAUAGAGUUCAUGUUCGAAUUUCAUAGAAAAUACAGAUAGUAUUAUCUAUAAUAAUAGCCAACCGAAAGGCUUCCUGAAGCCUUUUUUUUAUGCAUCCACUUAAUAUUUUUUCUAUUUCAUUUUCAAAAAAAAAAUGAAAAAUGAGUUAGUUGAACUUGAAAAUUCACUCAUCGAAAUUGAAAAAAAAUAAGUAAACAAUUGAAUUGGAUUUUUUAGAUGGUAUCAACGAAAUCCAGUACUAAACUUCCAUUUUCUUUUUUUACUAAAUUAAUCGAUCAAUUUGCCGUCGAACAUUUCUUUUGGACUAGAAAAUUUUGAAAAAUAAUUCGACAUAUUAUUCUAUUUAUAUUCCUUUUAUUAUUUUAUUAUGAGAAUCAAUCCUACUACUUCUGAUCCGGGAGUUUCCGCACUUGAAAAAAAGAACCUGGGGCGUAUCGCUCAAAUCAUUGGGCCGGUGCUAGAUGUAGCCUUUCCCCCGGGAAAGAUGCCUAAUAUUUACAACGCUCUGGUAGUUAAGGGCCAAGAUACUGUUGGUCAAGAAAUUAAUGUGACUUGUGAAGUACAACAAUUAUUAGGAAAUAAUCGAGUUCGGGCUGUAGCUAUGAGUGCUACAGAUGGUCUAACGAGAGGGAUGGAAGUGAUUGACACAGGAGCUCCUCUCAGUGUUCCAGUCGGCGGGGCGACUCUAGGACGAAUUUUCAACGUGCUUGGAGAACCCGUCGAUAAUUUAGGUCCUGUAGAUACUUGCGCAACAUCCCCUAUUCAUAGAUCUGCACCUGCCUUUAUACAGUUAGAUACAAAAUUAUCGAUUUUUGAGACAGGAAUUAAAGUAGUAGAUCUUUUAGCCCCUUAUCGCCGUGGAGGAAAAAUCGGACUCUUCAGGGGAGCUGGAGUGGGUAAAACAGCACUUAUUAUGGAAUUAAUCAACAACAUUGCGAAAGAUCAUGGGGGCAUAUCCGUAUUUGGCGGAGUAGGCGAACGUACUCGUGAAGGAAAUGAGCUUUAUAUGGAAAUGAAAGAAUCUGGAGUAAUUAAUGAAGAAAAUAUUGCAGAAUCAAAAGUGGCUCUAGUCUAUGGUCAGAUGAACGAACCCCCGGGAGCUCGUAUGAGAGUUGGCUUAACUGCCCUAACUAUGGCGGAAUAUUUCCGAGAUGUUAAUGAACAAGACGUACUUCUAUUUAUCGACAAUAUCUUCCGUUUCGUCCAAGCAGGAUCCGAAGUCUCCGCCUUAUUGGGUAGAAUGCCUUCCGCUGUGGGUUAUCAACCUACCCUUAGUACCGAAAUGGGUUCUUUACAAGAACGAAUUACUUCUACAAAAGAAGGGUCCAUAACUUCGAUUCAAGCAGUUUAUGUACCUGCGGACGAUUUGACUGACCCUGCUCCUGCCACGACAUUUGCACAUUUAGAUGCUACUACUGUACUAUCAAGAGGAUUGGCUGCUAAGGGUAUCUAUCCAGCAGUAGAUCCUUUAGAUUCAACAUCAACUAUGCUCCAACCUCAGAUCGUUGGUGAGGAACAUUACGAAACUGCGCAAAGAGUUAAGCAAACUUUACAGCGUUACAAAGAACUUCAGGACAUUAUAGCUAUCCUUGGGUUGGACGAAUUAUCCGAAGAAGAUCGCUUAACUGUAGCAAGAGCACGAAAAAUUGAGCGUUUCUUAUCACAACCCUUUUUCGUAUCAGAAGUCUUUACGGGCUCCCCUGGGAAAUAUGUCGGUUUAGCAGAAACUAUUAGAGGGUUUAAAUUGAUUCUUUCCGGAGAAUUAGAUAGUCUACCUGAGCAGGCUUUUUAUUUGGUAGGUAAUAUUGAUGAAGCUACUGCGAAGGCUACGAACUUAGAAAUGGUGAACAACUUGAAGAAAUGACCUUAAAUCUUUGUG